CAAAAAUUUCGUGCUUUUUGUGGUUGUCGAAAAAAGGCGGCAUUGCGGCAUAAAACAAUUUCAUUAAAACAACUCGUCUAUUAAAACGAUAGUUUUAUAUAUUUUAAUAAAGCGCGAGCAUUAAGUAAAGUACAAUCAUGUCGUUCAUGAGUCCCGUGGAUAUGGUGGAUGAGGAUGCCGCCGAUUUGCAGUUUCCCAAAGUUAAAUUGAAAACAAGUCAGGUGCCGCAGUCUCAGGAGCAUCAGCAGCUUUCUACAAUAAAAUUCGAGCGGGCACGCACCGAUGAAGAGACCAAGUGUUCUUCGGUAUUCUAUAAUGCUCAGGCAUUUCAUAGCCAGAUGGAGAAAAGUGUGGCUGUUGUCACCAGUGGUGCUCUUAACAGCGGCCAUGCAUCUGAACCAACUUGUGCCACGUGUCGUUGCAUCGUCACUGAACCAUACAUCAAGUGCUCCGAGUGCUUGGACAUCUCACUUUGUCCACAGUGCUUUGCACGAGGUCGUGAAAUUGGCGCACAUCGCAACAACCACGCCUACACUAUAAUCCGUGAUGACAUUCAGGUGUUUGCCAACGAAUUUGGAUGGACGUCACGGGAUGAACGAACUCUGCUGCAGGCGCUGAGAACACACGGGUAUGGAAACUGGGAUGCUAUAGCAACUGAGCUGGGCCGACGACACUCGCCAGCAGAGGUGCAACGGCACUAUAAUGAUUGCUACUUUGGUGGCAUAUUUGAGCGAUUGGUUGGCCUGCAGCAUGAUCGUCUUUGCUACAUGCCUGAGCGUAUGCCAUAUGUGUUCAAAAUGAGAUCGGUUGAGCCACCGCGACACGAUGAUAUAGCGUCCAUUCAGUUCAAAAUCAAUGCCGGCUAUCGCUGUGCACGUGGCGACUUUGAUACACCUUACGAUGCCUCUGCUGAAGGAUUGCUGACCAUAAUAAACGAACAACAACAUGCUGAUGAUGAGCUUGAUUCUGAAUCGCAUGACAGAGAACUGGACGAGGAGCUGCAAUAUGCGCUAGUGCUUGCCUAUAACAAUCGCAUGAGGGAACGCCAGCGUCGCUACAACAUAAUGCGAAAGCACGGCCUCAUCAUGCCCAAUCGCACGGUCAGCUGGAUAACGAAGUAUGUGAAUGUAUUCCGUAGCGAUUCCAGUUGCAUGCGUUUUCUCGCUCUCAUGCAAAUCUCAGAACCCGUCCAGUUUGACAUGUUGGUAGAAUCGCUGCGCUACUAUCGCCAGCUGCAGAAUCGUAUCCAUUGGUUGCACGAUCUCCGACAGCAUGGCGUUCGCACUCUCUACGGUGGCGCGCUUUAUACGCGACUGUCCAAGCAGCGACAGCACGCUCAGCGGGAAUAUGCUCGACAAAGGCAGAACGAUGCCAAUGACUGGCAACAGCUGGUCCAUCAUUACGAGCAGAAUCAGAACAUGGAGCAAGCGCCACAGGGAAGCAGUUCCAGGGUGUAUAUGAUGUAUCCACGGCGCAAGGCAAGUCCAAUGGAGAUUAAAGAUAUGCCAGGCUACUCCAAGCUGGAUGCUGGAGAGCGUACACUUUGCAGCGUAGCACGUUUGAUACCCCAAGCUUACUUGGAGUACAAGAAUCAACUGAUUGCGGAGCACGCCAAACUGGGAAAUCUUAGACUGGGCGAUGCACGGCGACUCAUCAAGAUCGAUGUGAACAAAACGCGACAGAUUUACGAUUUCCUAGUUGAAAAUGGCCACAUCCGGCCGCUUUCUUAUGGCUAAACCCAUAAGCAUUAUUUAUAUUUCACUUAGUUCGAAAAUGCGGAAACGUUGCUGAUAUCUGAGGUUCACAUGCUGCUCGAUCAUCGGAAGCGUCAAAACGAGUCCGCCGACGAAGAGCAGGAAUUUUCCGAGGUCUUUAUGAAAACGUA